AUGUGGGCCCAGAAACGAUUUAAGUCGCCUCCCUUCUCGCCACCUGUGUGGACUAAGCCGGCAUCGCGCGACGACACGGAUGUCGACACCAUCGACGGACACCCUGCCAAUGUUCACAUGGCAGAUCCGACCCCCACGUUUGGAAGAAGGAAGCGAUCUGACUCGUCUGCAGCUGCGGUUGAUCUUUUGGGAAACCCGACUCCCACGUACGAAACAAGGAAGCAAUCCGCAUCGCCUGUCGUCCCUGCGAGCGGACAACGUCCUUCCACAGAGGUGCCGCCUGCAUCCGACACGCUAGCAGAAGCUUCAGUGCAGCGUGAUCCACCGCCGCCCAGCCGUUACGCCUAUCUGCUGCGUCGACGAGAGCGGGCUGGUGCUUGGAAUGUGCAAGCGGAGAUGUGGCAAGUCAGUCGCGAGGGCCCUGAACAGAUUCCGCUAUCUUCACGCCUGCAAUUCACGCCGCUUGACGAGAUCGACGACUACGGCAACAACGAGUCUGUCAACGUCUUAGCCACGGUCGCCUCAGUGGAAGGCCUGAUUCAGCCGAUGAAUUGCCCGUUCUGGCCGGUCGCCAUUACCGACUCGCCCGGUCACACACGUACUCUACGAGUCUUCCUGCGCCGCGAGGCCAAUGUGGAGCUCCAGGCGUCGCUGCAGGCGCUUGAGGCGGACGACGUUAGUAUCGUGCUCCAGGCUUCGGUCUACAAUGGCAGUCUGUCUGCUUUUGACAAGACGUCGAUUCUCAUUGCUAAGGACCGAGAGAGCGCAUGCGCUGUGGCUGCAGCGGAAUGA